GUUUGCAUUUUCGAACUCGAAUUCGCACAAGUUUCUAAUAACUAAUUAGGAGCGACAGAGAUAGAGGCUGAAAGAGCGCGCGCUUGAAAGCUAGACGGGGGGAGAGAAGGCGGGAGAGAGAGAGAGCGUGCGAUGCCGCAGCGUUCGCCAUUUGCCAUACAAGAGCUGCUCGGCCUGGCCGUUGCGGCGGCAGCAACAACAACAACAACAGCAACAUGUGACACAAAACCAACAAUUACAACAACAACAACAACAACAGCAGCAGCAGCGGCAGCGGCAGCAACAUGCGAAACGGCAACUGAUUUAACAACAGCCGCAACAACAACGGCAACAAGCAUCGCGCGCGAAACGCCAACGCCGCCAAAGAUAACAACAACAUCAACAACAACAUCAGCGGCAGCGGCAGCCAACACGACGCACUACAACAACAGUGCAGCAGCGGCAACGACAACAAUAACAGCAGCAGGCAGCUUGGCAACAUUGGAGCAACAACAACAUUUUAGGGAUCACCAACAACAGCAACAACAACAACAACAACAACAGCAGCAACAACAGCUGACAAUGGCCGCCGCCUCGCGCAUGGCCUAUUUUAAUGCACACGCUGCUGUGGCCGCUGCAUUUAUGCCACAUCAGCUGGCCGCUGCAGUGCAUCAUCAUCAUCAUCAUCCGCAUUCGCAUCCGCAUACGCAUCCGCAUCCGCACCACCAUCCGCACCACCCACACGCAGCGCAUACGCAUCAUACGCAACAGCAGCCGCCGCCACCGUCGUCAGCAAUGCAAAUGCCACCGCACCACCCACUGCUGCAUGCGCAGGGAUUUCCACAACUGAAGAACUUCAGCGGCACCGGAACAUGUUUACCUGGCUCGUUGGCUGCCAAGGACUUUGGCAUGGAUGGCCUUAACGGUUUUGGUGUUGGUCCCAAUGGCAAGAAGAAGAAAAAGAAGCGUCGCCACAGCCGAACAAUAUUCACCAGCUAUCAGCUGGAGAAGCUAGAGGAAGCCUUCAAGGAGGCGCAUUAUCCCGAUGUCUAUGCCCGCGAGAUGCUCUCACUGAAAACGGAACUGCCCGAGGAUCGCAUACAGGUAUGGUUCCAGAAUCGACGGGCCAAAUGGCGCAAAACCGAAAAGGUCUGGGGCGGCAGCACCAUCAUGGCCGAAUACGGCCUAUACGGGGCAAUGGUGAGGCACUCGCUGCCGCUGCCGGAGACGAUACUCAAGUCGGCCAAGGACAACGAUGCGGUGGCACCCUGGCUACUAGGUAUGGAACAGAAAUGCAUGCAUCGCAAAUCGAUUGAGGCACAAUCUGCGCUCAAGGACGACUCCGGGGUCAGCGAUCACGAGGAUUCGGCCGGCUCAAAGUCAGCGCAUUCGGAUGAGCUGCGCUCGCAUUCGCGCGCGCUCAGCUCGUCGACGGAAUCUUUGAACGUGGUCAGCCCGGCGCCGAGCAGCUGUCCGACAAACGCUUCAACGGCGCCGCCGACAUCAACAACGCCGCACGGCAGCAGCGGCUAUGCGGCUGCCUCAUCGGCGGCCACAACGCCGACGGGCGCCACCACCAACAGCUCCGGCUCGCCGCACAUUGAGCUCAGCUCGCCCUCGCCGCAGCAGACGCAGUUGCUCCAACAGCAGCAGCAGCAGCAGCAGCAGCAGCCGCCGCCGCCGCCAGCACAGCUCUACUCUGUGGCCACGCCCAGCUAUCAUCCGCUGCUGGAUGCGGCAAAUGCAGCUGGCGCCGGCGCCGCUGCCUCCAGCAAGGAUUUCCAUUUGAUUAUGAACACGGCCGUCGCGGCGGCUGCCGCAGCUGCUCAGCACCAACACCACCAGCAGCAGCAACAGCAGCAGCAGCAACAGCAGCAGCAGCAGUCGGCGCCCGCCGCCUUGCCACAUCCCGCGCUGCAUGCGCAUCAUCUGUCCGCCGCGGCGGCAGCUGCCGCGCUCAUGGAGCACGAUCCGGAUGCGUUUAGGAACAACUCGAUUGCCUGUCUGCGUGCCAAGGCGCAGGAGCAUCAGGCGCGACUCCUCAACAAUGGCGGCCUCUUUCUGCAGGUGCGCAGCUUCGCGGCACAGGCUCAGGCCCAGGCCCAGGCGCAGGCGCAGGCGCAUGCCCAGGCCCAGUGUGAUAUGCUUAAAAGCGAGGAGCGUCACGGCAACAACAACAACAACAACAACAACAUCAACUGCAGCAGCAGCAACAGCAGCGCUUAUCAAAUGCUGCAGCUGCAGCAAACGGUGGCAACGGCAGCGCCCAUCAAAAUGGAGCUGACUUCCGGCGGCGGCAGCCACGCCUCCAGCGACGAUGUCUGACGCCAGUCAGCGUUGCCAGACAGCUAUCGUAUGCCAAACUAACUGCGAGCCCAGUUAUAUUUUAGCUACAUACAUACAUACAUACAUACAUAUAUAGAGAAGCACACAAUCCAAAAAUAUAUAUUUAGUAAUUUUUUUUUUUGCAUAGAUUUAAACUACAUAUUUAUUGUCGUGCUAGUAAUCGAAAUUGCAACCAAUUGAUGUCUUCAUUUGGGGACCCCAACGAUCUUGUGUAAUCCAAUAUGACAUGAUAUUAUAGCUGCUA